ACGCUGCCCAGCUUGAGCUCACUCUAUAAAACCCACCUGCAACCACCUUCUCCGAACGCGCAAACCUCCAUUAGAAAAACCAAAACCUCAGAGAUCUCAUCUAUCCAGAGCUUCCAGCCAACGCGAGCAGCCACGCGCGCGCGCUAUAUAAUGGCCGCUCCCACCACCACGGCGUCCUCGUCCCCGCCCAAACCUCCCAACGCCGCCAUGCUGCAGCCCGCGCCGCACCUCCCCGACACGCCCGACGCCGCGCCGGCGCCCAACUCCAGCUCCAGCGUCAGCUCCGCGAGCAGCAGCAGCACGGCUGGCCGCUCCUCCGCCUUCUCCGUCGACUCGGCCGCCGCCACGCCCACCUCGUCCCCGCCGCGCCCGCACCGCGCGGGCGACGUGGCGUGGGCGCCCAUCCGUGCCGCCCUGGCGCCGCUCGGCCCGCGGGACUUCACCCUCGUCCGCCGCGUCGGCGCGGGCGACAUCGGAACCGUCUACCUCUGCCGGCUCGAGGCCGAGGGCGACCAGUCGUGCGCCUACGCCAUGAAGGUGGUGGACCGCCGCGCGCUCGCCAAGAAGGGCAAGCUCGGCCGCGCUGCCGCCGAGAAGCGUGUCCUACGGCGGCUCGACCACCCGUUCCUGCCCACCAUGUUCGCCGACUUCGACGCCGGGACGGACUACUCCUGCAUCGUCAUGGAGUUUUGCCCCGGCGGGGACCUCCACUCCCUCCGCCACCGCAUGCCCGGCCGCCGCUUCCCGCUCGCCUCCGCCCGGUUCUACGCCGCCGAGGUGCUGCUCGCGCUGGAGUACCUGCACAUGAUGGGCAUCGUGUACCGCGACCUCAAGCCGGAGAACGUGCUCAUCCGCGGCGACGGCCACAUCAUGCUCACCGACUUCGACCUGUCGCUAGAGUCCACGGCGUCCCCUGCGCUCGAGGAGGCAUGGAGCGCGACCGGCGAGGACGAGGACGGCGCGGCGAGGCCGAUCCCGGCCUGCUUCCCCGAGGUGCACCUCCUCCGGCUGAUGAAGUGGAAGCGGCGCGCGGCGCCGCGGCCGCGGCCGCGGUUCGUGGCGGAGCCGGUGGACGCGCGGUCGAGCUCGUUCGUGGGAACACACGAGUACGUGGCGCCGGAGGUGGCGAGCGGCGGCGGGCACGGCGCGUCGGUGGACUGGUGGGCGUACGGCGUGUUCCUGUACGAGCUGCUGUACGGGCGGACCCCGUUCGUGGGCGCCAGCAACGAGGCCACGCUCCGCAACAUCGUGCGCACCCCGCUGGAGUGCCCGCCGCUCGGCGCCGGGACGCCGCACGCGGAGGCGGCCGCGGCGCGGGACCUGAUGGCGCGGCUCCUGGACAAGGACCCGCGGGCGCGGCUGGGGUCGCGGCGCGGCGCCGCGGACGUUAAGGCGCACCCGUUCUUCAAGGGCCUCAACUUCGCGCUGCUAAGGUCGUCGUCGCCGCCCGUCGUGCCGCCGACGGCCGCGCUGCACCAGCAGCGCGGCAAGGCGUCGCCGGACGUGCACCAGCUGUUCGAGCAGUUCUGAGUUGUGAGUCGCUCGCCGGAGCAGUAAUUAAUCCUUGGGCCGGCCGGCGCGCGCUCAGGCAUCCGUCCGGGGAAAGCAUUUUUCUGUUGCGCAGGCAUCAUCGAGGCGCGAAUUAACCAGCUAGGCAGCUACUAGUAGAAUCUUGUGUUGACUAAUUACCCCACCGCUGUACAAGUACACGUAGUACUACUACUUCUGUUAAUUAGUAAGUACACUAGCAAUACUGUAUUGAUUAAUUUAUUAAUCACGUAUCCAGCUCUUAA